AUGAGGGACUCGGGGUUCGGGGUGCUGCCGGUCGCCCCGCUCCGAAGCAGCGGCAGCUCCAAGUCCCUCUUCGGCGGCGGCGGCGGCGGCGGGACGUACCGUCCUUCCGCCGCGGGGCCUGCCGCGGCCGCCGCCGCCCCGCCGCCCUCCGCCACGCCCUUCGGCCCGCGCUCGCCGCAGCCGCCGCCGCCGCCGUUGCCUGUCACCGGGUUCGCGGGGGCCGCCUCCCCCUUCCCCGCGCCCCUCGGCGGCGGCGGCGGCGGCGGCCGCGCGGGCAGCAGCUCGGCCGCCGCUUCCUCUUCCUCCCGCCGUCCCCCGGCGCGCCCGCGGGCCAUGCAGGAUGAGCUGCUGCUGGGGCUGACCCCGCGGGCGGCGGCCGCGGAGAAACUCCCCAACCACCGCCCCGGCGGCGGCACGAACGCGGGUGUGACCCACCUCCUCCCCUCCCAGGACUUCCAACCGAGUCUGCACCUCCCCGCCUCCUCCUCCUCCGCCUCCUCCUGCUGUGGCUGCCGCACCUCCUCCCCGCAGGACUUCAGUGAGCGGCAGCAGCAGCAGCGGAGCGGCCAGAAGAGGAAAGAGUUGAGCCCUCCCCGCCGGUCCCACCCUCCGGACCCGCAGCCGCCGCCGCCGCCGCUCCACCGCCCCGGCCGGCUCAGCCCGCCGCCGCCCGGCCCGCCCCUGCAGCCGGCGCCGCUCGCCCGGCGCCCGCAGCCGCUCAGCCUCCCGCACCCGCCGCGCCUCCCGCCGCAGGACUCGGCCCCGCGGCAGCGCCCGCCGGCCGGCCCGCCCUCGCUCCCGCCGCGGCUCCAGCCCUCGCCGCCGCCCGCAGCCCCGCGGCGCCGCCACGGAGGCGCGGGCAGCCCUCGCGGGACCCGGGCCGCGGGCGAGGGCAGCGCCGCCGAGCCCUCCGAUGCGGGCUUGGCCCCCUCGACGCCGCCACCACCGGUGAACCCCGCAGGGCCGGGCUCCAUGGAGUCGCCCAACCACCCUCUGCUCGGCAGCCCCGGCAGCCUGCUGGCCGGCGGGGCGCUGGGCGCGGGCGCCUUCAGCAGCCUGCAGAGCCCGGACCUCCCGCACCCCGGCGGCGGCGGCGGCGGCGGGGGCGGGGGGCCCCCCGGAGGCGGAGGGGGAGGCGGCCCCGCGUCGCCACCGCCGCUGCCCGGCUUCGGCACCCCCUGGUCGGUGCAGACCGCGUCGCCGCCGCCGCCGCCCCAGCAGCCGCAGCCGCCGCCGCCGCCGCCGCCCCAGCAGCCGCAGCCGCCCCAGCAGCCGCCGCCGCCCCAGCAGCCGCCGCCGCCCGGCUCGUCCACGGCCACCCCGGGGGGCGGCGGCUCGCUCAGCGCCAUGCCGCCGCCCAGCCCCGAUGCGGAGAACGGCUUCUACCCGGGGCUGCCGUCGUCCAUGAACGCGCCCUUCUUCCCCAGCUUCUCGCCCGUGUCCCCGCACGGCUGCGCGGGGCUCGGCGUGCCGGCCGGCGGCGGCGGCGGCGGCGGCGGCGGCGGCUUCGGCGGCCCCUUCUCGGCGGCCGCGGGGCCCCCGCCGCCCGCGCUCAGCGUCCCCCCGCAGCCGCCCCCGCCCGCCGCGCCGCAGCCCAGCCGCCGCUCGCCCGUCAGCCCGCAGCUGCAGCCGCCGCACCCGGCCCCCGCCUUCCUGCAGCAGCGCAACUCCUACAACCACCACCAGCCUCUUCUGAAACAAUCUCCUUGGAGCAACCAUCAGAGCAGUGGCUGGGGCACCGGAAGUAUGUCCUGGGGAGCAAUGCAUGGCCGAGAUCACCGUAGAACUGGAAACAUGGGGAUUCCAGGAACUAUGAAUCAGAUAUCUCCACUGAAAAAACCGUUUUCUGGUAAUGUCAUAGCACCACCGAAAUUCACUCGUUCUACUCCGUCCCUGACGCCAAAAUCUUGGAUUGAAGAUAACGUGUUCAGAACAGACAAUAAUAGUAAUACACUGUUACCUUUACAGGUGAGAUCUAGUUUGCAGUUGCCAGCUUGGGGCUCAGAUUCUCUCCAAGAUAGUUGGUGCACUGCAGCCGGAACAUCCAGAAUAGACCAGGAUCGAAGUAGAAUGUAUGACAGUUUGAAUAUGCACUCUUUGGAAAAUUCGCUUAUUGAUAUAAUGAGAGCAGAGCAUGAUCCUCUUAAGGGUCGAUUGAGCUAUCCGCAUCCAGGAACUGACAAUCUGUUGAUGUUAAAUGGUCGUUCUUCCCUCUUCCCAAUCGAUGAUGGCUUGCUGGAUGAUGGUCAUAACGAUCAAGUUGGGAUUUUAAACUCACCCGCAUGUUACUCAGCUCAUCAAAACGGAGAGCGAAUAGAACGCUUCUCUCGAAAAGUUUUUGUUGGUGGCCUCCCUCCAGAUAUUGAUGAAGAUGAAAUUACCGCUAGCUUCAGAAGAUUUGGACCUCUGGUAGUAGAUUGGCCUCACAAAGCAGAAAGCAAGUCCUAUUUUCCACCGAAAGGCUAUGCGUUCCUUCUCUUUCAAGAAGAGAGCUCAGUUCAGGCACUGAUUGACGCUUGCAUUGAAGAAGAUGGAAAACUCUAUCUGUGUGUUUCCAGCCCCACCAUCAAAGACAAACCAGUUCAGAUCCGUCCUUGGAAUUUAAGUGAUAGUGAUUUUGUGAUGGAUGGUUCUCAACCUCUGGAUCCCCGGAAAACAAUUUUUGUUGGAGGUGUUCCUAGACCACUGAGAGCUGUGGAACUUGCUAUGAUCAUGGACCGGCUGUAUGGUGGAGUUUGUUAUGCAGGAAUUGAUACAGAUCCUGAGCUAAAAUACCCUAAAGGUGCUGGUCGAGUUGCUUUCUCCAAUCAACAGAGCUAUAUUGCUGCCAUCAGUGCUCGGUUUGUGCAGCUUCAGCAUGGUGAUAUUGAUAAACGUGUGGAGGUGAAGCCAUAUGUGCUAGACGACCAGAUGUGUGAUGAAUGCCAGGGCGCACGCUGUGGUGGGAAAUUUGCUCCCUUUUUUUGUGCCAAUGUCACUUGCCUGCAGUAUUACUGUGAGUUUUGUUGGGCAAAUAUCCACUCUCGUGCAGGACGUGAGUUCCAUAAGCCAUUGGUAAAGGAAGGUGCUGACCGCCCACGUCAGAUCCACUUCCGCUGGAACUAG